AUGCGAGUUUCAGGACAUGAAGAGAGUGGUGAAACUGAGUGCACCUAUCAAGAAAAGGAGGUUUCCUUCUUCACAUCAUGCUUCAACUUCUUUGGAAGAGGCUUCACGUCAGGAUUGCGAAAGGAACAUUCAAGCACGUCACUGGGUUCAACCCUUUCCACCAGUUCUGCUGGGUUAUCUGAUACCAUUGGAAACCCUGUAUUUGAAGAAAAGAAAUUGAGUUCUGAUGUUACCAAUGCUGACAUGAGGCAAAAAAAUCUUUGCUUAUGCCCAAACAGGAGAAAUCAAACAAUUCCACACCAUCGUGUACUUUGGCAGUUGCGAAUAGCAAAGGGAAGGGAAAACUGGGAUCUGAAUACUACAAUUGAUGCAUGGGAUGAAGGGACUGACGCCAGUUCUGUUAAAACUUCUAUUGAUGGGUUGAAUAUUACUCACAGUGCACAUGAUGAGAAACAGUUAAUGAGCCCCACUGGGAUGACAUCACCAACAAGUGUUAUAUCUGUAAUGCAAGCACGUAAAGAGAGUCAGAACAAAGCUUUCAUUACUUCACCUGGUCUGCAUGGACAGCAGUAUAAAUGCGUGGAUUCACGUGUUAUGUCUUUCGUUUUAUUUUCAGAGAAGUAUACAAAGAUGGGGUAUGAGUGUGUACCACAGAAAACUUCGCUCUGCUGGUCUAAAAUCUGGGCUCAGAUCCUGUUAACUAGGCUCUUGCACAACAGCAAUCUGUUUACAAGAUCCAAUGAAGGGUCUUCACAUAUUUUCCGUGAUUGCUUAAAUAAGACGCGAGUUCCUCUGGCUGAAGAAAGGAUUUGA